UUUCAAUAGUCAUUUAAGUCAUCCGACAGCCUUCUCCAGGAGAGAAUAUCGUUUCUGAUGCAAUUUCCCAGUUAACCCUUGUGUUUACUAGUCUGUCCGCAUAGACUGAAAACAAAAUUACCAUGAAUCUGAUUGCUGUUAGCAUUAUCUUUUUGCUCGGUUAUGCGGCCGUUGGCACCGAGAUUUCCAGGCAUGUUCGUGAUGCUGCAUCUUCAGUGACUGAGCACGCUUGCGGUAUCGUUCAAAGUAGCAUGGAGUAUACGCAGCUCACCAUCUCUUUCGCGACAAAUGGGACAGAGGUGAAAAGCUCAUGGUCUACAGAGCUUACCACCGAUUGUGUCACAUUCCUGAAUAGUGCCCUAGAGCCGUGCCAGGGCCCAUCUGCUCUGUAUUGCGAAUCGCUCAAUCUCAUCUUCGAUCAAUCUUCAUCGGGGGUGACAGGAACCACAUACUCCGUUCAAUCACUUUUAUCCUCUGCGGGCGACCACAAAACUAGCUUUAGCUUCGAACACUCACAAGCUCCCCGCUCGACUGACGCCAUAUCGUCCACAGGGAGAUGGCCACAGCCAAUUUUUCCGAAAACUAGUGUGGCGGAGGGGACGAAGCCAGUCUCAGUGGAAUCAAUCCAACAUUCUCUCUCAGAGGCAAGGUCUACGAAUGACGCUCAAUCGCUCCCCACACAGUGGUCUGAAAAGAAUUCCCAGUGGUCUGAAACUACCUCUCAAUUGAUCAACACCGAAACAACCCAAGUUAUACCAUCGAAUCGUCAAGUUACAACCCGUGCAUUAUCAACAGCAAACCCAUCGUCUUCAUCCGCUUUGUCAACUUUGUGUGUUGUGAAUGACUGCUUUUGUCAAUCAUUCUUCCGUGUUUCGUCAAAGAUAACAGAAAUGUCUACACCGGAUCAGACGAAGGAAACUCUGCUGGAGAAACCCGACUCACGCGCUCUUCCUACAAAGGAAACAUGUGGGAGUUCUCAUACAAAAUUCAAAGACAAAGUCGAAACAAGUUCUUCGAACACAUUGGAUGGGGGGAAGUCUCAGAACUACAAUCACGCCGAGAUUCAAAAAUGGCUACGACACAAGAGCUUUUACGAUCGUGGAAGAGGCUAUGAGUUUGAAGAUCUGACGGAUCUGGCCGAAUUCAACCCAACUGGCAUCACCGAUUCGAACUUACCAAAGUCCCGCAAGAGAGCUUAUUCCUCUUCAUCCACAGCUAUUUCUGAGGCGCCUACUAUACUUAUUUCUGAAGAAAUUCCAGGAAAUUCGGUAAAUGGCGAAAGAGAUAUAGUGCUACGCGCAUCGAACGACAAUGCGCGUUCGGGGAAGGAAAUCUCACUUCCAAUUCGGAACCUUUCGGUUCGAACUAAGGAUGACCUGAAACCUCAGAAACGAUCGAAGAUAGAAGAUGUUUGUGCCCUAUAUUGACGCUUAUUCAGGGGUCUUGAAAGAUAAUGUCAAUUGACGAGUGACUUUUGAACUCGUUUGUUAUGAUGGGCUUCUAGAGCCUGUAGAGAAGCCAUGAUUCAUUUGUUGAACUAAUGAUCACCGGAAGAUCAAACACGCGGUUAUGAAUUCAAAUAAAACCUGGCUGA